AUUAUUAGAAGUUCAUUAAAUAAGCGUUGCGUUCAUUUACAAUGUUUUCUGAGAAUGGCAAACCCCUUCUUUGACCUCCUUUUAGAAGGCCUACCUACAAAUAUGCCUUUGUUCGAGGCUCCACAGCAGCAACAGCCAUGACGUUUAGCUGCGUCCAAAACAUUGGACUACAUCGUGUAAAUGGAGGGCAAGAGUGUCGAGAAAGGAAGACAUGAAGCCAAAAAGGUUGCAUACAGUUGAAUUGUAGCCAGUGGUGGAGUCUCAAAAGGCAACAGGAUAAGUUAGCUUAUCACAAGGCAAGAAUGGUAUUUUUCUUUGUUUGGAAUACUAAAGAAAAGGAGUUACCAAAUCUUGCACGAUCCCAUAAGAAACGCUAUAGUGCAGCAGCAGCAACACUCGCCCGCAUGGUGUUUGUCAAAAUUCCCGAUGCCAAAGCUCAUAACGCGGCAGGGGCGGCGCACCAAUCCCCUAAUCUGGAUGCUGGCUAUCGUGUAUGCCAUCCUAGCAACGGCCGUCAUCAUCACCGGCAUCGUCGUCUUCGUCAUCUACAUGGUCUACAAGCCCAAGAUUCCCUACAUCAAGGUGGCCUACGCGCAGCUCAACCAUCUCGACUACGACCCGUCAGGGCUGCUUAAGAUUCAGAUGGCCCUCGAUGUGGUGGCGGAGAACGACAACAACAAAGCCCGUGCCGGCUUCUCCGACCUCAGCUUCCUUCUCCGGUUCCACGGCAUCGAUGUCGCGGAGCUACGGGCCAACCCGCUCGAUGUCGCCAAGAACAGCUCCUCCGAACUCAACUAUCGCUUCCAGUCGUCGCCGAUCCCGCUGGACAAGAAGGCCAUGGAGGCCAUGAAGGUGGCGCUGAGGCGGGGCGUCGUGCCAUUCGACCUCGAUGGGCACGCGAGUACCCGGUGGAGGGCCGGCCGCCUUCUUUCCGUGAGGUUUAGGACUCACCUCUCAUGUCCGCUCAAUUUCUCCGCGCGGAACGGGAGCGCGAUCGACUUGGAUUGCAGCUCCAUGUCCCGUUGAUCUCCAAGCAUACACAACAUUUCAUCUCCUAUUAGACGAUCUCUAUGUUGUUAGA